UGGACUGCAGGAACAGGAAGAUGUUCACUUCUUUGAAACUGGAGGCCAAACCGCUUUAAGAAAUUCAAGUUGAGUAUCUUAAGGAAUGCUGCGGUGUAGCGUCACUGGAUUAAAAGUGGUUUUAUCCAGCAUUUAAAUGGGGUUGGUCUCCUAAACAAAAGGAAGGGGAUUUUUCUCGAGGGGGUCAGCACUCCAGAAAAGACAGGAAAAAUGAGAUACGGUUUUUAGGCAUUUCGACAGGCACACAACAUAUCCAGAGGAGAUCUGAAUCCAUGGUAAGGUUUGGAAGCAUGUCCUACAGCGACCCGACUCCACCCAGCCCCAGCAGGAACAGCGGCAGUACCUCUGGGGCGCAGUAUGCUACUGCUGUGCUGGGCUUGGGCCUCAUCGCUCUGGGGAUAGUCAUGAUUAUGUGGAGUGUGGAGCCGGCAGGGUCUGGAGGGAACAGCUCCAGACCCAGCAUGCAUCAGAAUCAAGUUCGGGAGGCCUCGUCCGUGGCGUUCGUCCUAGUAGGGGGAGGAGUGGCGCUUCUGCUGCUGUCUGUGUGUCUGAGCGUACGGAAGAAACAGAGGGCGACCCGGGGACAAGAAGCCAGCAGUACACCUGCUAACACACAGGAGGAGGGGGCUAGGAUGGAACAACUAGCUCAAACCUACACUGUACCCACUUACGAGGAGGUGGUAAUGAGUGGCCAGUAUCCCAUCAGUCAGUCCUCAGAGCGACACAACAGCAUCACCCAGCUGCCAGCCUAUGAGGAGCUAGAGGAAGAUCAGCACACUGUGGAAGAUGGAUUCAGCCCAGCACACAGACGUUCAUCCCAAAUCGACCCCAGCACUGGAGCGGGUGGCCGAAGAAACAGCCGGCCUGGGCGCAAGCUGAUUCCCCUUAAAAUUAGGCGCAUAAAAUCUGAUAUCCUGAGGAGGAAAAGCUUAAGCGAUAUCCAGCAGACAAACAUGUUCUCCAUCGAACCCCUCACGCCUCCUCCACAGUAUGAUGAAAAGCUCCCUCCACUUCCUACAAACGCACACCAGUGAGGAAUGCUGGAGGUUUAUGCUAACCCUGCAGUGUGAUGAAGUGUGACUACCUCUUUUACAAGUUACUACUGUACUGAACUUCAUAUUACUCCUCUGGAACGGAUGUGCCACUAUCAUCAGCACAGAGGAGGGAGUAGUAUGGAAAGGGGAGAGCCGUCGUUAUGUCUUCCUGUGUUUCCUGAAUAUAUCCUUGUAGCAAAAAAAAUUUGUAAUAAAAAAAAGUUGCAGCUGACUGGAUUAAAACUGAACUGGAUUUUUGAAAGAUGUUUACUGAACCACUGCUGAUCUUUAUAUAAGAUGGUCCUGUUUUUUCUGUUGAACUUGAAAUUUGGCAUCCAAGCUGUCUAGACCUUUGUUUCAUAGGACGUCCACUAUAAUUUCAGAAGAGAUGUGAAACUGUAAACUGUGAGUCACAUCAGCACUAUUGUGUUUUUUUGCACUGAUAUGUGUUUGUGUCUGGUGUGAGUGCAUGUGAUGUUUUUUUGUGUGUACAUUUUCCAAGAACUUUGCUUUGGUUCUUGUGUUGGCUUUAAUUUUCUGUGUUUUUAGUGACCUUGUCGUCGGACUGACAGACUGUGAGAUCAUCAGUAUGUGUCUCUCCUCGUGGUUUACGACACAGAGAAGUUCUUUGACCCUGCAGCUGCCUUAUAUCACACUCUCACCACCAGACACAGAGAAUUUCUUGUCUCCUUUUUCUCUAACUUGGAUACACAAACACUCAGUCUUUUCUUCCCUUUAUUUUUAACUUUUAAUGUUGAUUUGUGUGAAGACCACUGUGUUUCUGAUUGGGCAGCUAUGGCAUCUCCAUGCUUUGAGGUUGAAGCUCCCAGUCAUCUGUCUGCACUUGCAUUACUACUCUAAACACUCCAUGACUUUCACAUUAAAACACACCUGUAGCUGGUUAUUUAUGAAAUCAGUGUUUAUGUUUCUGGAAAUUUUGCUGACGCCUCUUCAGUUUAAGACUGACAUGGAUGGAAAAAAUGUUGCUUAAUCUCAUGUGCUAUUUAAUAGAUUUCUUCUUCUUUUUUUUUUUUUUGAAAAAAUUUGCUGAAUCUCAUGUGCUAUUUAAUAGAUUUCUUAUUUAAAAAAAAAAAAAUUGCUGAAUCUCAUGUGCUAUUUAAUAGAUUUCUUUUUAAAAAAAUAAAUAAAUUGCUGAAUCUCAUGUGCUAUUUAAUAUUCAAUUUUUUCUCUCUAUUUUGUUAUGUUCUGUUUAUAAUUGUGAGCUAGAAUGGAAUGAGAAAUAAAAACAAUUUGACAAGUGGAUCUCUUUGAUUUGAAAUAAAAAAUAUAUGCAUGUGUCAUGAGGGAUAAUAAUUAUACUUUAAGAAAUAAAGGGUUUGU